UCGGACAUGCGCAGAUGGGCGAUGCCAUAUUGGAACAGGGGCAGCAAGCAAGCAAGCAAGCAAGCAAGCAGCUGAAAGACGUCGCUCGCGUUGCUUUUGCUCGGACGAGGAGAAGAGAGAGAGAGAGGAAGAGAGAGAGAGAGGGAAAAAAAACAGAGGGGGUCUGGUGAAGGAGAGACGACAAGAAACUUGGACAGGGCGUUGGAGGAAAGUGAAAACAUGCAGUGAACGAGAGGUGACUCACCUGAGGCCCCGACGUGAACGCCGUGCAGGACGUGGAGGAGCAGGAGGAGGAUGCAGAAUCAGAAUCAGCCGCUGGCCCUCGCCGCGGUGAUGAAGCCUCACUACUCGACCAACGGGAAAGAAGAGGAGGUGAACACAGACGCGGGCUCCAUGGAGGAGGAGGAGGAGGCGGAGUUUAACUGGGAGGAGUACAUGGAGGAGACGGGGGCUAACGCCGCGCCGCACACCACCUUCAAACAUGUGGAGAUCAGCCUGCAGAGCAGCUUCCAGCCCGGUAUGAAGCUGGAGGUGGCCAAUAAAAACAGCCCGGACUCGUACUGGGUGGCGACCAUCAUCACCACGUGCGGCCAGCUGCUGCUGCUGCGCUUCAGCGGCUACGGGGACGACCGCAAGGCCGACUUCUGGUGCGAUGUCAUGACCGCCGAGCUGCACCCGGUGGGCUGGUGCACGCAGAACAACAAGACCCUCAUGCCCCCUGAAGAUAACAUUUACCUGAGAAAAGCCAUCAAAGAGAAACACAGCGACUGGACGGACUUCCUGGUUGAGGACCUGACCGGCUCCAGGACGGCCCCCGCCAACCUGCUGGAAGGGCCUCUUCGGGGUAAGAACACGGUGGAUCUGAUAGUGGACGGUUCAGUUCUGGAGCUUCGGGACGUCUCAGACCCGUUCCUCUUCUGGCCCGUCAGAGUCCUCCAGAACGUCGGCGGGCGGCUCCGCCUGCGCUACGCCGGUCUCUCCGAGGAGCAGCGGGCUCAGGACGCCUGGCUCUUCUACCUGGAUGUGAGGCUCCGCCCACUGGGCUGGGCUCAGGAGAACCACCUCUCCUUAGAACCGCCCACAGGCCUCCGGGCUCUGAAGAGCGCCCCCGACUGGCAGCGAGCUCUAGAGGACGCUCAGCUGGACGGACAGAAGGAGCCUCUGCCGCUAGAGGUGUUCAAGGACCACGUGGACCUGCCCAAACACUCCUUUAAGGCGGGGAUGAAGCUGGAGAUGGUGUCACCGUGGGAGCAGCUUCAGAUCUGCCCCGUUUCUGUCACCAAGGUGUACAACGACAUCUACUUCCAGGUCACUCUGGACGACCUCUCGGCUGAUGCUAAACCUCGCUCUGUGGUGUGUCACUCCGACUCACCGGGCAUCCUGCCGGUCCAGUGGUGUCUGAAAAACGGCGUGUGUCUGGAGCGGCCGCGCGGCUCCGAGGGUCAGGACUUCGACUGGGCCGACUACCUGAAGCAGAGCGGGACGGAGGCGGCUACUGACGCCUGCUUCCCCGAUACUUGGCAGAACAGAGGCUUUGCCAAGGACAUGUGGCUCGAGGCAGUGAACCCUCACCGGCCUGCGGAGGUGUGUGUGGCUCAGAUCACACAGGUCAGAGGACGCCUGCUGUGGCUCCGACUGGAAGGUGUGGCCAAGCCGCUGUCAGAGUGCAUCGUAGACGUCGAGUCCAUGGACAUCUUCCCUGUCGGCUGGUGCGAGGCAAACACUUACCCUCUGACCCCUCCUCUCAAACCUGUCUGCCAGAAGCAGAAGAAGAUAGCGGUGGUGCAGCCAGAGAAACAGUUGGCUCCAGCGCAGCCGGUGGAGAUGAUUCCUGUCAGCCCCUGCCAGCCCAUCGCCGUGGAUCCAGGCUCGGCUAAUGGCAGAUACUGCUGCUCCAAGAUCUAUGUGAACCACCGCUGUUUCUCAGGACCCUACCUCAACAAGGGACGCAUCGCAGAGCUGCCGCAGGCCGUCGGACCUGGAAAAUGCACGCUGGUCCUCAAAGAGCUGCUGAGCAUGCUGAUUAACGCCGCCUACAAGCCCGGACGAGUCCUGAAGGAGCUGCAGGAGCUGGAGGAUCCGAGCUGGGACUGUCAGGAGGAGACCCUCAAAGCCAAAUAUAAAGGGAAAACCUAUCGCUCCACCAUCCGGCUCGUCCGCCUCGCAGACCAGAUCACGGACUUCUGCCGCAAGGUGUGUGUGAAGCUGCAGUGCUGCCCGAACCUCUUCAGCCCCGCCCUCGUCACCGACAAGUGCCCCGAGAACUGCUCCGUCCAGACCAAAACCAAAUACACGUAUUACUACGGCAAGAAGAGGAAGCUGUCCAAGCCGGCGGGCGGAGAGGAGGUGACGGAGGGGGAGCUGGCCAAGCCGACGCGCCGCAGGAAGAAGAGGAAAGCGAUCUUUGUGCAGAAGAAGAGACGCUCGUCCACCGUGGAUUACACUCCUGCCGGCUCACCGCAGGACAGCGACGAAGGAGAGGAGGACGAGGAGAUGGCGUUGCAGUCGGGCAGUGAAGGCACCAGCUCGGAGCCUCGGGAGGACCACACGGACGCCUCCUCGGUGGAGGUGACCAGCAGCCGACCUCGCCGGGCCGCGACGCUGCGCCGAUCGUUCAGCAUCGGGAACUCGACGAGCAGCCAGGAGGCUCCAGAGGGCCGCAGGAGGUCGACGCGCUCGCUGUCCGCCUACAACCAGGACAACAAAUAUCAGCCGGCUACAGGACAAGAUGUGCAGGUGGAAGAGGAGGAGGGUCAGCUGGUUUUGGACAGAAAUCCUCUGGAGUGGAGCGUAGACGAGGUCGUUCAGUUCAUCAACUCUACCGACUGUGCUUCUCUGGCAAACAUCUUCCAGGAACAGGACAUUGACGGUCAGGCGCUGCUGCUGCUGACUCUGCCCACUGUUCAGGAGUGUAUGGACCUGAAGCUCGGCCCCGCCAUCAAGCUAUGUCACCAGAUAGAGCGCGUCAAGGUGGCGUUUUACAGACAGUACGCCAACUGAUGACCUGCUCGGAUUUACUGAAUAUGGUGGACGUGCGCGACUAAGAGCGGUUGGAUUUGGCGCCUCCUGGUGGAACGUUUUUUCAAUUUGCAAACAGAAGGAUUAUUUUUUUGGAGCAGUUGCAUAAAACACACAAGACGGAGUUACAGGAGGAGAAGCUGGAGGAUUCAUUUCUGGAUUAUUGUCGGAGUAAAAUGUGACGCAGACUUCCGCCGCUCUCGACUGAACAAAACGCAUCGGAGUGGAUACACGUGCUGUGAAGACGUUCUCCUGAAAAGCCGAGGACUCGUUUCUGAAGACAUUUCUUGCUUUUUAUUUCCAUUUUAUUUGUGACAGAGCAGCUUUAUAGCGUUUAAGUUAAAGAUCAUUAUUGACCUUUGAGAGUAUUUCCCCCUUUCUGUGAUAUGAUUGGUCCUGAAAAGAUCUAUUCACCAAUAUUUAACCAACCAAGAAGUAAUAUAUUUGGAAUAUUUAUUGUUAUCCUAAUUUAUGCGGAGGUCUAUCUAUUUGAAUGAAGAUGAAUUGAAGUUAUAUUAAUUUAAAAUGAAUGAAACAAACUCCUUAAACAUCUCACAAACAGAAACCAGGACGUGAGUUUAUUUAGAUUUCACUUUGUGUUCACAGAGGUAAAAUAAAUAAAGUAUCCCAGGUAAUGUCAGGGUUUGUUACGGCCCUCUGAAAUCCUCUGAACCCCCCGUGAUGCUCACGUCUCGUCGUUACAAUCACACAAAACAAUCAUGUAAGCUAUUCUGUGUCCAUCUAUGCAAAUGCUUGGCAGAUAUUUUUGAUAAGUAAGAAAAUAAAUUUCUAUUGAUUUGUA